ACAACAACCAUCAACAUGAAAGUGCUCGCAGUUUUCUUCGCCAUUGUCGGUGUGUCUCUGGCUGCUUCGGUGGGUGGUCCAGAUGCCGCAGCUGAAGUGCUCAAGAGCGAAUUGGACAACAUCGGUACUGACGGCUUCAAAUAUACCUACGAAACUAGCAACGGAAUCGCCGCUGAGGAGGCCGGACACCUGAUCAACGCCGGAAGCGAAAACGAAGCUGUUGCUGUACAAGGAUCCUUCAAAUACGUUGGUCCUGACGGUGUCACGUACCAAGUUAGCUACAUUGCUGACGAAAACGGUUUCCAACCACAAGGGGCGCAUUUGUCAGCUAGAAUCGCCGCUGAGGAAGCCGGACACCUGAUCAACGCCGGAAGCGAAAACGAAGCAGUUGCUGUACAAGGAUCCUUCAAAUACGUUGGUCCUGACGGUGUCACCUACCAACUUGUAGUUUUCAUCACCAAUAUCAGUGUACCUCUGUUCAGUUGCAGUCCAGAUGCGGCAGCUGAAGUGCUCAAAAUCAUAUUGGACAACCUCGGCCUAACGGCUUUAAAUAUGCAUAAGAGAAUCGCCGCUGAGGAAGCCGGACAACUGAUCAACGCCGGAAGCGAAAACGAAGAGCAGCUGUACAAAAACCCCACAAAUUCGCUGCUCCUGACGUUGUUACUUUCCACGACAGCUGUAUUGCUGACUCCCAAAAGGAGCAUUUAUCAGUUCAAAACGGUCAACAUGAAAUUCGUCGUAGUUUUGUUCGCCAUCCUUGGAGCCGCCAUGUGCGCUUCCUUGAACCCAGAGGCUGAGGCCCACGUGGUCAGAAGCGAAUUGGACAACAUCGGCGUUGACGGAUACAAAUACGCUUACGAAACCAGCAACGGAAUCGCCGCUGACGAAACCGCCCAACUUAUCAACGCCGGAACUGACAACGAAGCUAUUGCUGUACGUGGAUCCUUCCAAUACGUCGGAGCUGACGGUGUUACCUACAAAGUAACUUACGUUGCUGAUGAAAACGGUUUCCAACCACAAGGCGCCCAUUUACCCGUAGCUUAAGUUAUAUUUUGUAGUUUAGUAAAAAAUUUUGUAAAAAAAUUAAUAAAAAGCAAUAUAAUUCAAA